CGUGACCGGAGGAGGCGGGAGCUCAGGACCGGCGCCUUCUCCUUGCCUUUUGGGGUCGUGGCCUUGCUCCCGCUGUGCAAGACAGUAGUCUGGGCCCGUCCACGCACGUGUGUGCCCGUGGGACUUGUGGUGCCUGGGUCCGUGCUAGGUCUCGGCGGGGUCAGUGGCCGAAGCCAUGGGAGGGACGGCCAGCACUCGCCGAGUCACCUUCGAGGCGGACGAGAAUGAGAACAUCACCGUGGUGAAGGGCAUCCGGCUUUCGGAAAAUGUGAUUGAUCGUAUGAAGGAAACCUCUCCAUCUGGCCCGAAGUCUCAGCGGUAUUCUGGUACUUAUGGUGCCUCAGUUUCUGAGGAAGAAUUGAAAAGAAGAGUGGCUGAGGAACUGGCAUUGGAGCAGGCCAAGAAAGAAUCUGAAAAUCAGAAACGACUGAAGCAAAGCAAAGAACUGGAUGCAGAGAAGGCUUUUGCCAACGAGCAGUUGACCAGAGCUAUCCUUCGUGAGAGGAUAUCAAAUGAGGAGGAGCGUGUGAAGGCAAAGCACCUGGCUAAGCAGCUGGAAGAGAAAGAUCGGGUGAUAAAGAAGCAGGAUGCAUUCUACAAAGAGCAGCUGGCUAGACUGGAGGAGAGGAGCUCAGAGUUCUACAAAGUUACCACCGAGCAAUACCAGAAAGCUGUUGAGGAGGUGGAAGCAAAGUUCAAGCGGUAUGAGUAUCACCCUGUCUGUGCUGAUCUGCAGGCCCAGAUUCUCCAGUGUUACCGCCAGAACACCCAGCAGACCCUCAGCUGCUCGGCUUUGGCCAGCCAGUACAUGCGCUGCGUCAAUCAGGCCAAACAGAGCAUGCUUGAGAAGGGAGGAUAAAAUCAACUUUUAGAAGAAGGAAAAUUCCUUCAACGUUAAUUCCAGAGGUGGAACAUUUUUCUUUUCCUAGUGAGAAAGCAACCCAUUUAAAGAGAAGAUCAUUAGAGAGAAACAUCGGAGAGCAAAUUCAGCAGAAGCGUAUGUUUGAUCAGCAGCAGUUUGAAAAGCCAAGGUGUAGAUCAGGGAUCAUCCGUCAAGGACAUGCCGCAGUGUUAAUAAACCCCAUUUAUGAUAAUUACAAAGAAAGGCAGCCCUCUCCACCUUGUGUACUUUCUAUUCUACUUCCUCUUCUAACCAGGCUCCAUCGUUUGGUGAACCUGGGCUCCCACAGAGCCAGGGCUUGGAAUCAAGGGCUGAGGUCACUGGAGUGGGGAGAAGAGAAGGCCAGGUUUCCUCCAUCUCCGGCCUGCAGUGUUGGCGGAAUUGGCUGUGCUGUGGCAUGUCAGGCUUCUCCCUUUUCCUUUUCUGCCUUGACUAUCUAAAGCUACUUUAUUUUAACUUAUUAUGGUGAUCAUGUAAGAAGACAAAAAGAGAAAAUGUACCUCUUUUACUGGAAUAAUGUUUCUGAUUACAAGUGAAAUAAGGCAUUUUUUUACAAACAUAAAGGCAACCUGGCUUCUGCAACCUCUCCUCCAUCAUGAAUACCGACAUCGUUACUUCACUCACUAUCAAUAAUAAAUAUAUUUUCUGACAAAGACUG